CAGAUGGGGCAAGUGAACCAUGCUCUGUUCCCUUUAGGUUACCCAUCUGGUUUGGCCCUGAGGCUGGUGAAUGGAGGACAUCGGUGCCAAGGUCGCGUGGAGGUCCUAUACCAGGGCUCCUGGGGCACCGUGUGUGAUGACAGCUGGGACAUUAAUGACGGCUCCGUGGUCUGCAGGCAGCUGGGCUGCGGCUGGGUUGUGUCUGCCCCUGGAAGUGCUCGCUUCGGCCAGGGCACAGGACCGAUUGUGCUGGACGACGUGUCCUGCUCAGGGCAGGAGUCAUUCCUCUGGAGCUGCAAGCACAGUGGCUGGCUCACCCACAACUGCGGACACGGGGAGGACGCAGGCGUCAUCUGCUCAGAUGCUUUGGCCACAAAUACACCUGUUCCAACAACGUGGCCUACCACAACCACGACCACCUAUACCCCACCAGCGUGA